AUGAAAAAUAUCCUAAUUCAGUGUUUAUUCUGUGGCAUCCUGGCCACCGGGCUCUGGACAACUACAUUACUUUUACUUGUGCACCUUGAACAAGAGGACACACUGGAAAAGGAAACGGAGGGACACAAUAGGCCACCCAUAACACAUGUAUACCAGCAAACCCACGACUCGGACCGCACUAUUAAUGGUAAAUGUCCUUUUCUUUCAGACAACGUUAACUUUUCAGAUCCAGAAUUGAUCCAAGGAUUGCAUCAAUAUGGAUUAAACGUCAUUAUUAGUAGAAGACUGGGCAUCCAGAGAGAGGUGCCAGAUUCCAGGGAUAAAAUAUGUCAGAGGAAACACUACCCACGCAAUCUACCCACUGCCAGCGUCAUCAUAUGUUUCUAUAAUGAAGAAUUUAACACCUUGCUCCGAACAGUGUCGAGUGUGGUGAACCUCAGUCCGCAACAUCUGCUGGAGGAGAUAAUUCUGGUGGACGACAAGAGUGAAUAUGAUGAUCUGAAGAACAAGCUGGACUAUCAUCUGGAAAUUUUUCGUGGAAAAAUUAAAUUAGUAAGAACCAAAAAGAGAGAGGGUCUCAUCAGAUCGAGGAUGAUUGGCGCCUCCCGUGCUUCAGGGGACAUCCUGGUGUUCUUGGAUAGCCACUGUGAGGUGAAUAGAGUCUGGCUGGAGCCCCUGCUGCACGCCAUUUCUAGGGACCACAAAAUGGUGGUGUGCCCUAUUGUCGAUAUCAUCAAUGAGUUAACCUUGGAUUACGUAGCAGUACCUGUUGUAAGAGGAGCUUUUGACUGGAGUCUGAAUUUCAGAUGGGACAAUGUUUUCUCAUAUGAGUUGGACGGCCCAGAAGGACCAAGUAAACCUGUCCGGUCACCUGCAAUGUCAGGAGGAAUUUUUGCUAUAAAUAGACAUUACUUUAACGAACUCGGACAGUACGACAAGAACAUGGAUCUUUGGGGAGGAGAAAACGUGGAACUUUCGCUAAGAAUCUGGAUGUGUGGAGGCCAGCUCUUCAUACUCCCUUGCUCUCGGGUUGGACAUAUCAGUAAGGCACCAAGUCUAAACAGGGUUAUAAACCAGAGUGCCUUGUCAAGGAACUUACUACGAGUGGCUCAUGUCUGGCUGGAUGAAUACAAGGAAAACUUUUUUCUUCAAAGACCUUCUUUGUUAUACGUAUCCUGUGGAAAUAUUAGUGAGCGUGUUGAAUUAAGGAAACGCCUGGGUUGCAAGUCAUUCCAGUGGUAUUUGGAUAAUAUCUUUCCAGAGUUGGAGCCAUUUCACACACAGAGGAAAGACAUGAAAUCAUUUUUGUUAGCAAAGGGUGAAAAUGCCCCCUAA